CUACCUCCCUAUAUAAUGGCAGCACCGGUCCCCUCCUCUCCAUCCUCCUCAUCACCACAGAUACCAGGGAUUGGGUCAGGGCUCCAGUCAGCAACGACCUCACCCCCGCCGCAACAACAUCCACCAAAUCGACGUCUCCGUCAGGUUAAGAUGGCCUCAGAAAAGGUCAGAGUGAAUGCUGCCAUGAACCCCCCUAUACUUCUCGUUGACUACAGUCACAGAGCAAGGUUAAAUGGGACGGCAGUGGUGCGUGUCCAAGCACCCUCGUCUAUGAAGAGCAAUGGGUCCAUUGACAUAGUUACAUUGCUUGAUGUUAGCCACAGCAUUAGCUGGAUGGCAUCAUCGUCAGAAGAGACGCCAUCAAAGAUGGAUUUGCUGAAAAAUGCCCUGAAGUUUAUAAUAAGUCAGCUUGAUGACAAUGACCGCCUUGCCAUCGUAGCAUUCAACGAUCAGGUCAUCAAAGAGCAUACUACUGGCAUUUUAGAAAUUUCAGGCGGUGGUCGGAUGGCUAUUGAGAAAAAAGUGGAUGGGCUCGUGACUCAGGGCGACACUGCCUUUAAACCAAGCUUGGAGCAUGCUGUGAAGCUCCUGGAUGACCGUGCUGACAAGACGCGUGCAGCCUGCAUCGUCCUCAUUUCGGAUGGUGUAGACAAGAGCCAAUUCAUGUGGAGCCAUGAGAGUCUUGCCCCCACUGACCCCAUCCGAGGCCUCCUCCGAAAGUACCCAGUCCACACCUUGGGCUUGUUCAAGGCUGACCCAAAGGCGCUGCACUACAUCGCCAAAGAAUCCUAUGGAACCUAUUCCUCAAUCACAGACAACAAAGACCUCGACAAGAACAUCAUGGAGGCGCUGGCUGUCUGCCUAGCCGGGUUCAAGACCAUCGUCGCCUUUGACACCUGCGUCGACAUCACGUCAAGCAGCUUGGAGAUAACAAGGGUCGACUCCGGGGGCUACACACGCCGGGCUGCUCCUGGAUCAGGCAUCUCAAUUGGCAUGCUGUGUGCUGGGGAGGUGAAGGACUUGGUCGUUUACUUCAGUUACACUGCUGGGUAUUGGGAGCGUGGCUUGGGUGUUGGAUGCAUUUACUCAUGGCUGUCGAGCCAUGAGAUGCAGCGCGCAACGGCUACAGGCUUACCGGCGGAGGCCAUGUUCCGCACGCCAGUGAUGGAGAUGAUGGUGCAGAAGGUCCGCAGGAAGUUGCUGCUCAAGGAAGCAUAUGAACAAGGAGCGGAAGACCGAGCUGUCUACGAGCGCGCCAUUGGGCUCUUGGACGGUAUCAACAAGCGAUUCCAACUGUGGUGCAAGCUGGACACCGAGGUGCCACCAGCUUUCCAGCUGGCCCAUCAGCAUCAAGACGACGAGUCCCGCAAUCUCACUGACGUCCUGCAUGGGGGGAUAAGCCGCGCAAGGCAGCAUGACAUUUACCUGGCCGCCAUUCAUGCGAUCAAGCAGUGGCAGAGCUCCUCCACCCCCGGAGAGAAGACGCAUGGCCACGGGCCGGACCAGUAGGCGCAUGCAUGCAUGCAUGACGCACUGCCAAAAGCAGAGGAAUCUUGUGAGUGGCCACAGUACAAAUAAAAAUGAGCCAGGCCAUAUAUAGUAGUGCCUCCGGCUCCCUCCCGAGAAUAAUAUGCAUGCGGGCAGCACCCGCCCAUUAGUACUUACUAAUUGUUCUUGUUAUUAGUCCCCAUAUAUCAGUUCCCAAUUAAGUUGUACUAUCGUCCUUUAAUAAAGAUGUCAUCAGCAGAAAGCUGAAGCUAAUGAACGGA